GUUUGAUAGACGGGCAGUUGUUUACACAUGAUACGUGAAGGAUCACGCUAGCAAAUUACUUUGUUGUGUACGGAAUUAAAACUACUUCAAUACGGCAAAUGUAGUCUUCAACCGACAGUUAAUGUGCAGAAAGAAGAAUGAUGACAUACGAGAGCUGCAUCACCUGCUGAAUACAAAUUCAGAGGGCUCUUUUUCUGAUGAUGUCAAGCCACUAACAGUAGCUGACUAACGUUAGCUAUUUUGAACAUUGUUUUCUAAUUUUCACCCAUUGCAAAAUGUCGCAGUAAUUUACGUUAUAGUCGUAUUUGACAAAUAUGAGAAACACCAACCGUUUAAGACCUAUUUUUCUUACUUUUCAACAAUGGUUACCUAGAUGGAGCUUGCAACACAGGUUGUGUUGUUCAAAGCCAGUCAGCGUUCAUUCUAACGAGGAGAGCAGGGUAGAUAAAUUCAAAACUCAAAUAGCCACAGGUCCAACAUUUCAUGAAUUUGUCAAGGGAGCUUCCUUCAACAAACAACAACCAGUUAUCACUGAUGAUUUGAUAAACACUGACAAGCAUGCCUAUCUUCCUGAGGACUCAGAAAUUGGGAAUUCUAGGACAGGUUUGCACACUGCACUUUCACAUCACUAAUAAAAAAACAAAUCGUCUUCUAUUAAUGACUGUUGAAAUAAUGCAUGUUGAUUUUUUUACAGUAUGUUUUGAAACCUAUGGCUGUCAGAUGAACGUCAACGACACAGAAAUUGCCUGGUCAAUAUUGCAGAAGAAGGGAUAUCAACGCACAAGUGAUGUCGAUGAGGUACAGAUGACAUUCACUUUUUAGUAGGAUUAAAAUGUGUAUUACAAAAUAUUUUUAUUGACAGAAGCCUGUGAUUAAAUAUACAGUUGAUCUCUUUCAGGCUGAUGUUGUCCUCCUUGUUACAUGCUCUAUAAGGUAAAGUUCAAGUAUUUUUGGGACAGAGGGAGGCAUUUUCACUUAAGUUUAACAUACUCAAGCAAGGUUUUCCCUGCUCUGCUUCGCACAGAGAAAAAGCAGAACAAACCAUCUGGAACCGACUACGGCAACUUACAGCAAUGAAGAAAAGACGCUUAAAGACCCGGAUACCCAUGAAAAUUGGAGUCUUAGGUGAAUGAGUUAGUCCGACCUGUGACUAUGAUACAUGUGAUGUUUCUGUCUGAACCAACAGUGUAGGAUCAACACAACAUUCAUGCUGGCUCUGAUCCCCAGUAUGUUUGUGGCCCCAGGUUGCAUGGCCGAGAGGCUGAAGUCUGAGCUGCUGGAGAGGGAGAAGCUGUUGGAUGUUCUGGCUGGUCCAGAUGCAUACCGGGACCUUCCUCGCCUCCUGUCUGUGGCCCAUGGUGGUCAGCAGGCUAGCAACGUGCUGCUGUCUCUAGAGGAGACAUACGCUGAUGUCAUGCCUGUCCACCACUCACCCCAGGGUUACAGCGCUUUUGUGUGAGUGUCUCUCUGACUGUCUGUCACAUCUUGUACAGCUAGGCAAGUGUUUAUUCGUCACGUUGAAUGUACUCUGGUGCAUUCUACCAUUUACAAUCAGAUGAGUUAGGGAAUUGCAUCUGAAACACAGGACCCUAGAAUUACAUAUAUAAUUGAAUAGGAUCUCUGUGUACAGGACAUUGGCCUUGAUCAUGCAUCCUCGUGUACCUCCCUCCCUGCUCUGUAGGUCCAUCAUGCGAGGGUGUGAUAACAUGUGCAGCUACUGCAUUGUCCCGUUCACUCGAGGUCGAGAGAGGAGUCGACCAGUGUCCUCUAUCCUUGAGGAAGUCCGUAUCCUGUCGGAGCAGGUCAGUGUUUUAAAUAUCUCACAGGUGUGCAGUUACUGCUCUUGUUUGUGUCUUAAUGGACUGUAUGCAGGCUUAAGCUAUUCUUAGCAUUACUGCGCUUUUGUUCUGUACCAGGGCGUGAAGGAGGUGACCCUGUUGGGUCAGAAUGUGAACAGCUACAGGGACACAUCAGAGGAACAGUUCUGUAGUUCAGAGCCAGGCCAGCUGAGCCGGGGCUUUAGGACGGUGUACCGAGCCCGGCCCGGGGGCCUGCGCUUUGCUGACCUGUUGGACAGAGUGUCCCUCAUAGACCCGGACAUGAGAAUCAGGUUCACCUCCCCUCAUCCCAAGGACUUCCCUGAUGAGGUACAAAUGGAGUCCAAAAGGCAAACUGAUGUUAAUAGUAUUGUGAAUAUAUAUUGUUGUUCUAAUAGUCUGUAAGAUUGUAAAGAAGGCACUUUUUUCUUAUUCUGUUCACUGCUACACACACACUAAUCUCAAGCAUAAAUGUAAGGUAAACAUUUGACCAUUGACGGAUAUACAGUAGAUUGUUCUCUGUAUUGAAAGUUGUUGUAGACAUUGUGAACCUGGUGUUUGUGUGUAGGUGUUGCAGCUGAUAAAAGAGAGGGGGAACAUCUGUAAGCAGAUCCACCUCCCGGCUCAGAGUGGCAGCAGCACAGUCCUACAGGCCAUGCGCCGGGGGUAACACACUCCUCUAGUUCAGCUUUUACUUGGGUCUCAAAUAGAAAUGUAAGCAGGUUCAUGGAACAGAUUCAAAUAUGUUAAUUGUCUUGUGUCCAUUUGGAAAAUUUCAGCUAUACUAGGGAGGCUUACCUGGAGCUUGUGGAUAACAUCAAGAGAAUAAUCCCAGGUAGACCACCACAAUUUGUUUAUACGUUUCUUUGUGAUUAAUAGUUGCUGUGAAUUCAGGUAACAGUUGCAGACCGGUUCUGCUAUGCACAUUGGCUGCAUGCCAACAGCAUGUUGUGUAAUGGACUUUUGAAAGGACUGACUGUCUUAUUGCCAGUGGCAGUGGGUCAGUGAUGGUUCAAUCCUGUGUCUGUCUGUGUCAGUGGUGAGCCUGAGCAGUGACUUCAUCUCGGGGUUCUGUGGGGAGACAGAGGAGGACCACCUGCAGACCCUGUCUCUGAUCAGGGAGGUGCGCUACAACGUGGGCUUCCUGUUUGCCUACAGUAUGCGGAAGGUCAGUUCAACUCGAUUAACAUACUGGAAAUGAUUCCACAUUUGCAACUGUUUUUUUUCGGAGGCCCAUACAGUUUGUGUUACGAAAUCCAGGCCCCUCUAAAUUAGACAAUAUUUUCAAGAGUAAAUUAAAUGUCAUUUAUUGUGUUAAUGCCGUAUAUCCUGUGUACACUGUGCUGUGUCCUCUCUCCCAGAAAACCCAUGCGUUCCAUCGUCUUCAGGACGACGUGCCAGCGGAGGUGAAGCAGCGGCGGCUAGAGGAGCUCAUCACUGUGUUCAGAGAGGAGGCCACCAAGGUCAACGCUGCCCUCAUCGGCAGUACACAGCUUGUCUUGGUGGAGGGAGUGAGUACCAUUUCUUCUGUUCUUGAAAUAGAAUGCUCUCCCCAUAUCUUGGGCCCAAUGCUUGGCCUUUCCACCUGACCUGAUGGGGAGAAACUCCUAUCCCUACUCAUAUGGUUACUAGUAGCAUAGUGUACAUCUCUAAAUACAAAUGUAUUGAGCCAUGAGCCCCUGCUCCCAACACCUCAGACUUACCCUGCAUGGGCAGACUAGCAAUUUAGACUGGACCGAUUCAACUUUACCCGUGGCGUGCAAACAUAGCAUUAUAGCAGGUCGAGCCAACGAGGAUUCAAUAUUCACCGGGCGAAUCGGGUAAAACCCGCUCUAAUUCACAUAUAGGCAAUGGUACUUAAUCGUCCCAAUAUAAAUUGACCUUGUUUUCACGUCCCCUCAGGAGAGUAAGAGAUCAGCUCAGGACCUGUGUGGGAGGAACGAUGGGAACGUGAAGGUGAUCUUCCCUCGGCAGGAAGUGGCUGGUCAGCCCACUGACACACGCACUGAAACACACACUGCCCCCAUCAACCCGGGAGACUAUGUCCUGGUCAAGGUACACUUUCAUUCUGCCAUAGCUGUUUCAACUGCUCUGUUCCUGCCCUGUGACUGACUGGCCUGUCUCCCAUACAGAUAACAUCAGCCAACUCCCAGAGCCUGAGAGGACACGCCCUCAGCCACACCUCUCUGAGUGACACAGCAACACGUUUACCUGACCACUGCCAUGACAGACAACUGGCUUCAGUCUCUAGACACGGUGUCUAGUCCUCUGUCCUCUGGUCCUUCGUCCUCUGUACCCUGAAAGUGAGUGUGGAGUGGACGUCCUCUGUGGCACCACAACGCAGAGGUAACAUCGACAAAGAUGUUAGCUCAAACCAGAGACAACUGACUGAAGAAGACUUUUGUCAACAACAAAAAAAUAAAGCUUUAUUGUUAUUUGUUUUAAUUAUACAAAUAUACAGUGAGGGAAAAAAGU